GUGAUGAAUAUUUCAGACGCAAUUCCAUUGAAAAUAGUGGUAGUGGGCGAUUCUAAAGUGGGCAAAACAACUUUAAUUCAAACAUAUCUAUAGGAAAUUGAUGGGAAAUAAUCAGCCUCUAAUUUACGCUUCGAUUACAAAAUAGUUCAAGUAGAAAUCGAUUAAGAAGAAUAUAUUGUAGCAAUAUGGGAUAGUGUUGGAUAAGGAUUCUAAAAUUAAAUGAGCCACUUUUUAGUAAAAGAUGCUGAUGCUGUGAUGUUAUGUAUAGAUUUAAGCGAAGAAAUUGAUGUACAUUCCAUUGAGUAAUGGAUGGAUACUCUAACAAACCGCAGUUCAUCUCAUUGUGUAUAUGUCCUGAUUGGAACUAAAUUAGAUUUAUUUCAACAAAGUAGAACCUAACAAUUAAAUGAUGGCUUCUCGUAAUUAAGCGAUAAAUAUUCAGCCUUAAAACUGCUGAAACCAGUUUAGUUCUAGGAUAAAGAGUCUAUCAAAUUAGCAUUCUAAAAAGCUUUCGAACUGGGAGCUAGUGCUAAAGCAAAGUCAAAACAAAGUUCAACUCUUAAUUUCUAAGUAAAUCUAUUAAUUUAUGAAGAGUUUUGUUUUGAAUAACGAUACAAAUGUUUAUCGUAAUAAUUCAACAAAGAAGUAAAAGAAAGAUUAGUGUUGUUGA